UCCACCUACCUACCCUUCCCCACCUCUACCGCCACCGCCGCCCUCCUCCGGCGACCGACCGACCGCCCCUCGAAGCGGCUGCCUCUGCCUCCCCGGUGUCGGACUCGGUGGGGGGGGGGGGCGGUGUGCUGCUGCUGCGUGCGCGGGCAUGGCGUCGCCGGCCGUCGCGUCACCGAGCCGCGCCCCGAGCAGGGGCUCGGCGGCGGACACCACCACCGCGCCCUCGCCGGCGUCCCCGCCGCGGCGGCUCAUGUCGGCGUCGCCGGCGGUGGAGGCCUCCGCGGGCUCGUCCCCGGACUCCGGCCGCUCCGGGGAGCUCGCCGCCGCGCCAGACGCCUCGAGCCAGUUGCUGGCGAGCCGGAGCGAGGAGUACAGGCUUUUGUUUCGCCUGCCACCCGACGAGGUUCUUUUGCAAGAUUUUAACUGCGCGCUCCAAGAAAAUAUUCUUCUUCAGGGGCAUAUGUAUUUAUUUCUACACCAUAUAUGCUUCUAUUCCAACAUUUUUGGAUAUGAGACCAAGAAAACUAUUCCAUUGCAGGAAGUGACUGAUGUUCGUAAAGCAAAAACAGCUGCUAUUUUUCAUAAUGCCAUUGAAAUUGUUGCCGGUACAAAAAGGCACUUCUUUGGAUCUUUCUUGUCACGUGAUGAAGCUUAUCGCGUUAUAGUAGAGGGCUGGGAACAGCAUGUCAGUGAUGCUAGGUUGCUCCUUGAACGCCAGGAUUUGAAGUCAGGAAAUAGCAGUGAUGAAAAUGGUUAUGUUUUGUUGGAAGGAGCAAAAGAAACUAAACAAGAUGAUGAUUCAUCACCUUCGGACAGGUCUGUUAAUGGUACAGCUGUCACAAGUGGUAAUAAUUAUAAUGGUGACUUGGACAUCAAUAUUUCCAAAAGGUCUUCAGAAGGGCAGGAGAAUGAAAGUGAAGAUAAAUGUACUGCUGCUACUGCACUUAAUCCAUUCAUCUUGGGGCCCUGUGAUGAUGAUGCUCCUAAUGUACCCGAACCUUUUACUUUGAUCACUGAGUCAAAGUUUCAGGCACCUGUGGAAGUUAUGUUUAAUAUGUUACUGUCAGAUAGUGCUUUUGGUUUUGUGGAUGAUUUACACAAAAGGUGUGGUGACAAAGAAUUCCGUUGUUCCCCUUGGCAUUUGGAUGAACAAGGAGGACUUGUAAGGGACGUUUCAUUCUUGCAUCCAAUUAAAAUUUAUCUUGGUGCAAAAUUUGGGACUUGCCAGGAGGUUCAAAAACUUCGUGUGUACAAAAAUAGGCAUCUCAUGAUGCAGACAUCGCAGCAAAUUGGUGAUGCGCCAUACGGGGACCAUUUCACUGUUGAGGGGAUCUGGGAUUUUGAACAAGAUAGUCUGGAUGAAAACAGUUGCUACCUCAGGGUAUAUAUUAAUGUAGCCUUCUCAAAGAAAACCAUAUUUAGAGGGAAAAUUGAUCAAUCAACAAAGGAUGAAUGCCGUGAUGUUUUUGAGCUAUGGAUCAAGCUUGGUCAUGAUCUUUUGAAGCAGGAUACCAGCUGUCAUUCGAGAGGACCCUCCAGCUCAACUAAUGCUGAUGAUCCAUCAGGGACUACUCGAGUUAAUGAGGAUCCUUUGGAAAACACAGAUCCAGGCUCACCUUAUGCACCCAAUGAACAUGUUGUGAGAAGCAUCGUUCCUCCUAUUCAUGGUCAUCAACCGAGUAUAGGAUGGGAUUCCUUAACAUCCACAUCGCAAGAACUUUGGGGUUCACUCUUGUCAUAUAUACGGUCAAAUCAGCUUGGGCCAGUGUUAGCAUUGACACUGGUGGCCAUCAUCGUUCUAAUGCAGGUAACCAUCAUAGUUCUACUACUUAGAUCCCCCAAGGUGUACAUGGUUAGCCACGAAACCUCCCCAACCGGCUUCUCCUACAGCAAAGAGAGUAUAGACUGGGUGCAAAAGAGACUAAACCUAUUAGGCGAGGAGAUGCGGAUGGCGGAGUCUCACCUGGAGACGAUGCAACACGAGUUUGUAUGGCUCAAGUCUCAUCUGGAAAGGCUGCAGAGACUGAGGAGCAGCAGCAGCAGCAGCUCUUGACCGGCAAAUAGAGUGAGUACAGCUGAGGGCAAAGCACUUAGUUUAUUUAUUUCUUCUUGUUUGUUGUAUUUAAUUUAAUAGUACAGUGAUACUGCAAGCAAAUAUCCUGGUGUGCACACUACGGGAUAUUAUGAUAGAGUAUCAGUAGUGCACCAUGGUUAUGGUGUGAUACUCCGUGAAUAACUCGAAUACGAGGUGGAAAAUCUCCACUCACGACGACAAAUGUAUGCUGCAAAGUUGUACAUUACAGAAUCUAUCAAAAUUCGAAAAUGUUCACUUUACCUCUCCUUAGCCUG